AUGGACCUGAACGAGCCCUAUUCCCCGACGACCCCUAGACCUGCUGGGACAACAGCUGCCAUGAAAACAGUCCUGUACUUGAUCAUCUCGUUUGUUAUAGCUCAUCUGGUUGGGGCUGUACUUUUUGGUUUAUAUCUUCACAUGAAGCUGGACAAGGUGGAAGAUGAGAUGAAUUUACGAGAAGAAUUCUUGUUCCUUAGAAGAUUACAGAAGUGUCGGAAGUCACAAGACGCUGAUACAAGCUUGCUGGAUUGUACAGCAAUCCUAAACGAGUUCCAGAAUCUCCGGGAUCUAAAAAGCAAGGUUCCCCAAGAAAUCCCCCCUGCCAAGCAAAUAGGUACGAAGAAGCCAACAGCAUCCAUUCACUUUGCAGGUUUCCAGAACAGCUCUCAGAAAGUAUCAGUUCUGCAGUGGACUGAGGCAGUAUACGCCCCGAGCGAUGACACAUUUUCCUACCAAGAGGGAAAGCUAAAAGUUGCCAGAGGAGGGCGAUACUAUAUCUAUGCCCAAGUCACCUUUUGCGUGAACUCUGUGUCGUACAUGCCGUUCAGUGUGUACAUGUAUCUGCACCUGCCUUCUGAGACAGACCAUCUAUUGCUGAAAGGAGUGAGAACCCUUCGCCAUUCAGACAAAGUAUGUAACCUGCACUCGGUUCAUCUUGGAAGAGUUGUUGAGCUCCAGCAGGGGCACACCAUCUUCAUCAAUGUGACAGACUCCUCCAGCGUGAACUAUGAUCACGGAAACACAUACUUUGGCAUGUUUGAGCUUUCCGAGAGGAGCCCAUGAAGCUUUGCUUUGUUGAACAAAGUGCCUUCCUUUAGUCCCUAAUAUUUAUAACCUCAUUCCUCUUCGGUUUUAUUGUCCAUCGUCCUAUUUUAUUUUAUUUAUUAACAAAGGUGUGAAAUGUUAAUCUUCAGAACGUGAAAUGUGAUGCUAGGUAUCCUUAACCUAACACACAGACAAGCUGGGUGUCCGAACUUUUAUAUAACAGUGUGCUGGAGGAGCUGGGGCUAUGCCCCAUCCUAAGCCCUCGUGUGCUGGCACAACGAGUCUUAGGAUCACAUCCUCUUUUGCUUCCACUAUUGGUAGGCCAAAAACCAAAGCACUUACCAGAAAACAUAGCAUGUACAAAACAAACCCAGAUCAAUCUCUCCUUUCCAGCUGUACCAAUUGACUUUAGAAGCAACCACUGUUUUCCAAGUCAACUAGAAAGAGUUGCUCAGUUUUCUGUUGCAGGACAAGUAAAGCAGUACUAAGUCAGGAAGCAACAAGAUUCACCAAGAGAAGACGCAUGCAUGUUUGUAGCUGAUGUAGUCACACAUCAGUGUUCAUCCAGACAUUGUAUGGGUGCAGAUGAGGAUGUGCAACACAAUUUGGGGGUCACAACAGGCUACAGCUGAACCAUGUUCCACAAGUGACAAAUACUUCAUAACUGGUGCAUGCUUCAUAACCGGUCUUUUGCAAACAACCUUCCAGAACAUUAUUAGCAAGCAUGGUUUGAAGCCGAAUUUCAAUGAAGUAAAUGUCAUCCUUACUGUGGCAAAGCGUGAGACAGACAAGAGUUCUAAGAAACUUGAAAGUGGUUUGAGUGGAGCUCCAUAUCAUACGUGGGAAAACACAGCUAUGUCUUUUGUCCCAUCAUUAUAUCUCUGGUCAAACAGGAUUCUCAGGUUUUUGAAACAAUGUCAAAAAAACUAUUUAGCAUGGGUGAAAGUGGGACGAGCAUACAAGCAGUGAACUUUCUUUCAAACUCUCGGGUGCGUGGUUGGCAGCUUUGACAUUUUGAACUGGAUAUGUUCAAUGGUUUCUAAUGGAUUUUGUAUUUGGCUGUUCCAUGUAAACUACCAUGGGGACUCUCUCAAAAGGCAGGAACAAACAAAAGUGAAUUAAGACUCUGGUCAUUUUCAAAUUGUGCUGCAGAAAAUAAAGCAAUAUAUUGUAUGUUU